UCUAAGCCAACUCAGCAAAUUCCUCUUCUCUUCGCUUCGCCUAAUGCAGAAGGUUUGACGGGGUAUUUUUGAAAAUUAAACGAGAUUUCAACGCAUCGUUUAAGUCCUGAUAUCCUAAAGAAAUGUUUGCUGGAUUUCUUUUCCUUUUGACUGUCCUAGUGGACAAGGGCUUUGGCAGUAAUAGAUGUAAAAAGAAAGGUUACAUUGAGCUUUACAACAGGCAAAAUCGUAAUGAAUAUAGAUGUUGGCCCCCUCCUGAAUGCCAUGAUGGACAGGAGCCAUCAGUUGAACCUGGCUCAUCACACCCUAUUGGAACAGACAUCAGCUGUCAAAGUUGCAAGAUUGGUUUCUUUUCAAAUAACAGGACAAAUAAUAGGUGCCAUAAGUGUACUUCCUGUGGCAAAAAACAAGAACUUUAUCCAUGCACACUUGUGAAGGACAGAGAGUGUGCCAAUAAAUGCAUUUCUAAUGAAUAUUACUUCAAUGACACAGAGGAAGAAUGUUACAGAUGUGUUGAAUGCUGUGAAGGUGAUGAUGAGAACAUUGAGCCACAGUGCAUUGCUCUGAGAAAGGGUGUAGUUAUAGGAGGAAAAGGAGAGAAGCACUGUAGGAUUUCAAAUAGAAGGUGUGAUGACCUGCCAACUUCUUCAUCUGAAGGAUGUACAUGCAACUGUUCAGUAUCAAACAAUUCCAGUAUUGCAGUAGGAAACUCUCCAGCCAUGAAUAUUUCAUCAACCUUGCAAAGUGACAACUCUUCACUUCACAAGCCCUGUGUGGUACACAUGUUUUGGAUCAUUGGACUUUCAUGUUCUCUGGUAGUUGUGGUUGCUCUUAUACUGGUCUACUUUCUGUACUGGAGGAGAAAUUGUCCUCCACUCUGCAUCUCUGACUCAUCAACUUGUACAGGUUCAAGAUGCUAUGAAGAGGUUAUUGCAUUCAUGCCAUGCCAGGACAAACUGAAGGUCAUUCCAGAAGUUCAAAUUGAUGAAGUACCAUAUGAUGUGGAAGUCAUCCUCAUCCAAAAACUAGAUGCAAAGAAGACCAAUGCAAAGAACUGGUGGGAUGUUGGUCGCAAAAUUGGAAUUUCACGUUCACAGCUUGAAAAUGUUGAUCAAGGGGAAAGUCCAACAAAAACUAUAAUCAGUAUUUUAAGUACAUGGCAUGACGUUCCAACCAUCAGAAAAUUUGUAGAAAUAGCAGAUAAGUUAGGGCGACAUGAUAUUUGUAAAAAUGUUGUGGAAUUCUAUCAAAAUCAAACACCAGAAAUAGUCAAUGAAACCCCGGUGUAAACUAACGUAAAUACAAUUUAUUUAAUUAGCUCGCAACACUAGACCUAAAAGUCCUGUAACAGUGUGAACAGAGCUAGUUUCCUGUCUCGUCAGCAUUUUUCAUUGGACUAUAUACCUUCCAUUACCUUAUGUGCAAGAGCUACAGUUACUGUUAAUAGACAUUUGAAAUGUAUUUUUUGCAUAGAAUGUGAGAUUUGCAUUUGUAUUUGAGUAUCUCAUAUUGGGAGUCAUAAUGUUGCACUAUGUGCUCAAUUUUGUAUGAAGUGUAUCAGUUUUUUAGGGAAAAAGGGUUAAAGUAAAGGUCAGUACAAAAUUGUU